AUGACAACUCUGCUGAGCGGCUUGGCCCCCUCAUUGCUUUUUACUCCCAAGAUCAGAGAUGCUCAGCUUGACACAAGCAUUCCUGCUGUCCAGGAGGACAUUGUCAACAAGCACAAUGAACUCCGGCGAUCAGUCAACCCCACUGCCAGUAACAUGCUGAAAAUGAGCUGGAACAGCGAGGUGGCAGCCAAUGCUCAGAAAUGGGCAGACUCAUGCAAACAGAGACAUAGCACCUCCAGCGAGAGAAGAAUCAGCACCGGUGGGUGUGGAGAGAACCUGUUCUACUCCAGUGCUCCGUUGUCAUGGGAUGAUUCCAUCCAGGCGUGGUUCGGCGAGAACAGACACUACAAGUAUGGAGAAGGCCCCAUUGGAAAUGCUACGGUUGGCCAUUACACACAGCUGGUCUGGUACAGAUCCAACGAGAUCGGCUGUGCCGUAGCUCACUGCCCUCACGGCUUUGCCUACUUUUAUGUCUGCCACUACUGCCCUGCUGGAAACGUUUUCUAUAAGGGACACAAUGGCUAUGCCCACCCAUACAAGGAGGGACCACCCUGUGGCGACUGCCCCGAUAACUGUGACAACGGCCUAUGCACCGACCCCUGCCCAUACCAUGACAACUAUGGGAACUGCGCAGAGGUUGUGAAGGCCUACGGAUGCAACAACAAAAAUGUGCCUAACUGGUGUCCUGCUUCUUGCAAGUGCCAGGGCAAGAUCAUCUAGGCAUCCUAAAGCCCAAUUCACGCCAAAGAUUCCCGACGCGACGAG